GUACGCGCAUUCUUGCGAAUUGAGAAAUGGCCACUGUCUGGAUAGAGUAUGAGUGGGCAACAAUAGCGAAGCUGAAGCGUGAAUAGCAAUCUUACUGCAUUUAACGUGUUCUGGCCCCCGGCAAACAUUUGACUAUGGUCCCUGGUGUCUCUAAUGCCACAUUUCUGACUUUGGAGCUGCCAAUUACCAGAAUGGGCUUCCCGGUGGGUGCAUCACUGAGCGGCCAAAAUGGAUAAAAACGUGGACGGGUUAGUGGUGACCAGUGGGCAGAGAUUCACGACUAUGCCGUUACCCAGUCGACUGGCUGCUCAGGCAUUGAUGGAGGACCAUUACGUGGGGUUAUCCCUGGUCUUGGUCAUCAACUAUCCAAAGCCAGGACUCUUAACUCUAAUACUACAUUUAUUACACAAACCAUUAUCACUAAAGGAGGCAGUGGAAUUACUGAAGAUCCACUACAGAGAGCAAAAGAAAGGCAUGGAAGGUUAGAAAGAGACAGAAAAGAAUCAGGGGAGAAAGAGAAGGAAGCCAUGGCAGUUUUAAGAUAGAGCUAGCCUAGGCUACCUAUUCCUUACUACUAGUAAAACUGUGUGAACCACGUACCAAGUAGAAAAGCGCAGCAGUAGAAGCUGUGUUUUAAAAUGCUUCUGGAAAGUUAGAGUAAGCUAACAAAAGAACUUAGUUCAGAUGGAGAUAGCCUGAACAGCACCACCGAAGCUCAGCAGUAAAAUAGGAUGUUAACAAGAUACAUCUCACCAACAGCAGUAGCACCCUCUUGUGGCAAGUAAACUCUGAAUAAAACUUCAGGGGUUGUUCUGCUAGAGUCUGGUGAAGUGGGCGUACACUGGAUCCACAGAUAAUAUGGCAUUGUAACAAUGUUGGCAGUCAUUGGCUAUUUGUGUUAGACUGACCAAAGGUUGAUUGGCUUAUGUUCAACUCAGUAGCAGAUAAUUCAAUAAACUGGGAGUCAGACUUUUCUAUCUCCACACAUAUAUAAGGGAGAACGUUUGCAGCAGCCAGACAUACAACAAACUACUUGAGAAAAGAUCAAUCUGGAAAAAAAAGGCUUUAUCCAGCAGAACAUGGCUCAGCUGACAAUUCUUGCUGGAUUGUCACUUCUGGUGUGUCUUCAAACUGUUUCUUCCACCAAACUGGUGUGCUACUUCACCAACUGGUCCCAAUACAGAGUUGGAGUUGGUAAAUACACCCCUGAAAACAUCGAUCCAAACCUCUGCACACACCUCAUCUACGCUUUCUCAGUAAUCAAUCCCUCCAAUGAACUAUCUACUUUUGAAUGGAAUGAUGAUGUUCUCUAUAAAUCCUUCAAUGCCCUGAAGAACAGAAAUCCCAAACUGAAAACUCUGUUAGCUGUUGGUGGGUGGAACUUUGGAACAGCUCAAUUCACCCUCAUGACCUCAUCUUCAGCCAACCGUCAAGUCUUCAUUCAGUCUGCCAUCAAAUUACUGAGACAGCAUGGCUUUGAUGGACUGGAUCUGGACUGGGAGUACCCUGGAUCACGAGGAAGCCCUCCUGAGGACAAGAACAGGUUCACAUUGCUCUGCCAGGAAUUACUUGCUGCCUUUGAAAAGGAAGCAGCUGAUACCAACAGGCCAAGAUUGCUGCUCACAGCUGCAGUGUCGGCGGGAAAGGGGAAUAUUGAUAAAGGCUAUGAGAUUGCUGCUGUAUCAAAGUAUCUAGAUUUUAUAAGUGUCAUGACCUAUGAUUUCAAUGGAGCUUGGGAUGCAUUCACUGGCCACAACAGCCCACUUUACACCCAAUCAGGCCUUCUUGGUGACCAAGUCUACAACAAUGUUGACUCUGCCAUGAAGUACUGGAGAGACCAAGGAGCUCCUUUAGAUAAGCUGCUGGUUGGUUUUCCCACAUAUGGGCGCACAUUUCGCUUAUCAACAGCAGCUACUGGUGUUGGAGCACCGGCCAGCGGGCCUGGCUCUGCUGGGCCCUACACCAAAGAAGCAGGAAUUAUGUCUUACUAUGAGGUUUGCGCUUUCCUUAAUGGAGCCACCACACACUGGAUUGAAGAGCAAAAGGUACCCUAUGCAGUCAAAGGCAAUGAGUGGGUGGGAUUUGACAACAAACAGAGCUUUGAAAUCAAGGCACAAUAUGUCAAAGAUAACAAAUAUGGGGGAGCAUUUGUCUGGUCUCUGGCUCUUGAUGAUUUUGCUGGACAGAGCUGUGGUCAGGGACCCUAUCCCCUCAUUGGUUAUCUCCGCUCUCUUUUGGACUCGGAUAACCAAACAAAUGCACGGGUAACAACAACACCAAAUGUUACCCAAAUCCUCCCUUCAACAGCUGCCGGGACGGCCCCUACCACAGCUACCACAAGUGUUGUUUCGGGGAACAAUUUCUGUGUUGGAAAGAUUGAUGGGAUUUACAAAAAUGAUGAUGACAAAAACACCUUCUAUCAGUGUGUCAAUGGAAAAACAUAUACGCAGAGAUGCCCUUCUAAUCUGGUUUACAGUGAGAAAUGCUUAUGCUGUGACUGGCCCUAAAUAUAUCAUAUAUCAACGACGCUGUAAUGUCAGUUUGUUUUAUGAAGACAACGGGACUUUUCCCCUUAAAAUAAAAUACUUUGAUGUGCAUGUGAUUUGGCCCAUUUUUUUGUGAAUUUAAUGUUGGAUUAA